AAGUUUGUCAAUUGGGUGCAUUCAAAGUCUUUUACUUGGAAGAGAAGAAAAUAAAGAGGAAAACUAUUGUGCAGAAAGUUCUUCUCUUACAUGGGGUGCUUUCAAUUGGCAUAUGUUAUAUUCCAUUUGCUGCUUCUCAAUUUUCCUUCUUACACUUCUUUAUGUAACCAUCAUGAUAAAUCUUCUUUGUUACAAUUCAAAAACUCAAUUAAUGUCAACACUUCACAUUAUUAUUCAUGGCUUGAUGUUUGUUCCUCUUCUUCCUCCAAGACAGAAUCUUGGACAAAUGGAACAUAUUGUUGUCAGUGGAAUGGAAUCACGUGCGACAAGUCUGGUCACGUGAUUGGUCUUGACCUUAGCUGCAGUCAUCUUCAAGGUCAAAUUCAUCCCAAUAGCACCAUCUUUAGCUUAAAGCAUCUUCAACAACUCAACCUAGCCUACAAUGAUUUUUCUGGGUCUUCAUUAUCUUCUGGAAUCGGUGACCUUGUGAAUCUAGUGCAUCUAAAUUUAUCAUACACCGUAAUUAAAGGUGAUGUUCCCUCCACAAUCUCUCACUUGUCAAAGUUAGUAUCACUUGAUCUCAGUAACAACUGGGGAUCAGUUGAUGAUCCUAUGCCCAUGUACUUGUCUAUCAGAAUUGAUGCAUACACUUGGAACAAACUCAUUACCAAUGCAACUAAGUUAAGAGAGAUUCAUUUAGAUGGCAUAGACAUGUCUUCUAUAAGACAGAACUCUUUGUCAUUGCUAACCAAUCUAUCUUCCACUUUGAUCUCUCUUAGUCUCUCAAGCACCAACUUACAAGGGAAAUUCCCAAGUGGAAUACUUUGUUUACCAAAUCUUCAAAAGAUAGAUCUUUCAUCCAAUGAAGGGCUAAGAGGUGAACUUCCAAAAUCUAACUUGAGCACUCUGAUGAGGUACUUGGAUCUCUCUGACACUUCUUUCUCAGGAGAAAUUCCUAACUCCAUAGGCCAAUCCAAGUCUUUUAACUAUAUCAAUCUUGGUGGUUGCAAAUUUGAUGGAUUGAUUCCCUCAUCAUUGUUUCAUCUAACUCAACUUUCUCUUUUAGAGUUAUCAGAUAAUGGGUUAGUUGGCAUGAUUCCAUCUACAAUCACUCAAUUUCCAAAAUUACGCACUCUAGGAUUAGCUGGUAACAAGUUAAAUGGGACAAUUCCAAGUUGGUGUUAUUCUCUACCCUCCUUAUCACGGUUGUAUCUCAAUGACAACCAGUUCACGGGCUCAGUUGGUGAAUUCUCAACCUAUUCUUUAGAGUAUUUGUAUCUCUCUAAUAACAAUCUGCAAGGUGAUUUUCCAAAUUCAAUAUUUGAAUUGGAAAAUCUUGUCGACUUGCGUUUGUCAUCAAACAACUUGACAGCUCUUGUGGACUCUCACCAAUUUUCAAAGUUAAAAAAUCUAAUUUUGCUUGAUCUUUCUCACAAUGCUUUUAUCUCUAUCAACUUCGAUAACAGUGCUGAUAUCUUACCCAACCUUCGAUUAUUAUAUUUAUCCUCGUGUAACAUAAGUACUUUUCCAAAAUUCUUAGCAAAUCUUCAAAAUAUGGAAGAAUUGGAUCUGUCUAAUAACAAAAUUCGUGGAAGCAUUCCCCAAGGAUUUCUUGAGCAGCUCUUGCACUGGAAGAACAUUGAAACUAUUGAUCUGAGUUUUAACAAGCUGCAGGGAGAUCUUCCAAUUCCACCCAGUGGCACAGAAGAUUUUCUAAUCUCAAAUAAUGAGCUAAGUGGUGACAUUUCUUCAAAAAUUUGCAAGGCAAGCUCUCUCCGUAUACUCAACUUGGCUCAUAACAACUUAUCAGGUCACAUUCCACAAUGCCUGGGAACAUUCCCUUCUCUUGAAGUGUUAGAUUUGCAAGUGAACAACCUUUACGGAAACAUACCACAGAACUUUCUUGAGGAAAAUGCAUUUGAGACAAUAAAGUUGAAUGGAAACAAGCUCAAAGGACCAUUACCACAGUCUUUGGCUCGCUGCACAAAGCUCCAAGUUUUGGACUUUGGAAACAAUGACAUUGAGGAUACAUUUCCCCAUUGGUUGGAAACUCUCCAAGAGUUACAAGUACUUAGUCUACGGUCAAAUAAAUUUCAUGGUGUCAUCACUUGUUUGGGUACUGAGCAUCCAUUUCCCAUGUUGAAAAUAUUUGAUGUAUCUGAUAACAACUUCAGUGGCCCUUUGCCAGCAUCAUACUUCAAGAACUUUGAAGGAAUGAAGAACGUGAGUGACAACAAAAAAAGUGGUUCGCUAUAUAUGGGUACUCAUGGAUUAUACAAUGAUUCCAUAGUGGUCGUAAUGAAAGGUCGACACAUGGAGCUAGAGAGGAUAUUGACUGCUUUCACAACUAUUGAUUUAUCAGACAACAUGUUCGAAGGAGAAAUUCCAGAAGUUAUUGGAGAAUUGAUUUCUCUUAGAGGGCUUAACAUUUCCCACAAUGGAAUCACUGGUACCAUCCCACAGUCUUUGAGUAGUUUGAGAAAUUUGGAAUGGUUGGAUCUCUCAUGGAACCAGUUGAAGGGUGAGAUUCCAAUGGCCUUGAGUAGUUUGAAUUUUCUGGCGGCGUUGAACCUUUCACAGAACCAGUUUGAGGGAGUGAUACCUAGAGGUGGACAAUUUAACACAUUUGAGAAUGAUUCUUAUGCUGGAAACCCAAUGUUGUGUGGAAUACCUUUGUCAAAACCAUGCAAUGAGGAUAAAAAAUGGUCACCAAUUUCAACAGUUGAUCAUGAAGAAUCAGGAUUUGGGUGGAAAACUGUGACAGUGGGAUAUGCAUGUGGGAUGCUUUUCGGAGUCAUCUUGGGUUGUCAUUUAUUCUUCACUGGAAAACCUCAGUGGCUUGCCACACUUGUUGAAGUUGUGUUGAAUGUAAGACUGAUAAAAACAAAUGGUAUAAACCUUGUAAAUCGCUGA